AUGACCAACUGGAUGCAGAUAUUGGGUGUGACCUUGAUCCUGUUUAACAUCGGCGUUAGCUCAAGCCCAGCUACGGUUGUGGAUAGGGCACCAAGGGUUGACGGAGGAGACUUUCGCCGCGUUCCCGAAUCGAUGGGCCGCCGGAAAACUCGGCGAAUGAUGAUGGGCCUAGGGUCCGAGAUCGGUUGGGUCACGCCUGAAUUUGAAGCCGGGCCGGGUUACUCCCAUGUCAAGCGGGAGCGAUCACCGGAACACGGAACCGCCGGAUCCAAGCCAGACUCCUUCCGAGAUUCGGUAAUCGUCCUGAGAAAUCACAAGAGAUCAGAAAGUCAACAAGCAUCCGGCCCUGUAGCAGGAAGCGCCGCAUCGAAGUCCGACUCUUUUCGCGAUUCAGUCAUUGUCCUGAGGAACCAUAAGAGAUCAGAGGGAGAAGAAAUUAUCUCACGGAACGACGCGCUUCAACCAAAAAUUGUUGUGAAGAAGACUAGAAGAUCGCCUGCCUCCUCCUCUGAGUCCAACUCAUCUGUGCGCGAUUCUACCAUUGUGCUCAGGCAGCACAAACGAUCUGGACCCGAUACUCCAAAACACUCAGUAUCAGAUUCCUCGAUUGUACUCAAGAAACAGCAGGGCCAGCAACCGGCAAGCACCGCUGCUUCCAAAACAUCUGUACAAGAUUCUUCGAUCGUGCUUAGGAACCAUAGAAGAGCAGAAGAGCAAGAAGUCGAUCAGUCACGAGACGCAAACUUUCAGCCAAAGAUUGUGCUGAUGGACCACAAUCAAUCAAAGGCCGAUUCUGUUUCCCAGAGAUCCCUGCACGAUUCAAGCUCGGAAAUUUCACGCGACCAGCAUUAG